UAUUUAAAAAAAAUAUCAAUAUUAAUUUGCUUACUUCAUCAGCAAUUUAUUGAAAAUGUUUCCUUAUCAAAUGCUUACAAUCAUUAAUCAAAAACAUAGAUUACAUUCAAACUAUUUCAAUGAGUUAAGAGUGUUUUUUUUUCAUUAUUUACAUACAUAUAGUGUCAUAUUUAAGUAAACUAUUGACGCGACUUUUGUUGAUGUAGGAAGAACAAUGCAAUAUGUCGCAAUUAAAUGCAAGGAUAAAAUAUUGCGGGAUUACGUAUGCGUGUGUGUUUUUGCUGUUGCUAUAUUAUUAUAAAGUUACAUUCACAAAACCAGGGACUGGACAGAAAUCAGGGUUCCAACUGGCAUUGAAUGAGUCAUUGCGAUCGGUAGAUAAUACCAUUAAUUUUAUUGGAAUACCCGAGGAUAAAACAGCGAGGUACACAUAUGCGCAGACAGUAAUGCACGGGCGGCUGAGAACAAUUCGCGAUGUUUGUGCCAAACACAUCGGAGAUGAUCUAUGGGAACAGCUUAAGCCCACAGGCCAAGUUUGGUCCAGUGUUAAACAUGACAUUCACUAUUGUUCAGCACCUAAAAUUGGUUGUACGCAAUGGAAGAAAGUUAUGCGUUUUAUUGUCGGAGAUUAUGACAAAAGUCUGAACAUAAGUAAUCCAGGAGACAUCAAUCGCCAGUACGUACAUUAUGCAAAGUUGAAACAUGUUAGGCGCGUUGGUUUGAAAAGUGCAAUGGUUCGAGGUGAAAUGUCAAAGGGUCAAUCAUUUAUGUUUACAAGAGAACCCUACAGUCGCUUAUGGUCCGCGUACAUUGACAAAUUUAUUCUGCCAGAUUUUUGGAGAUCGGAAGCACAUGCAGUUAUAAACAAUAUCCGACCCAAUGCUACACAAAGGCAAAAAAGAUGUGCAAAUGACAUAACGUUUCUUGAAUUUCUACAAUACAUAGUGAAGUCCUCCCCUCGAGAUUUAAAUGAGCAUUGGCAGCCAGUUUACAGAUUAUGUAAUCCUUGUCUUGUGGCUUAUUCCGUUAUUGGCAAAUUGGAGACAUUCGGCAAUGAUUCACAAUUAAUAUUACACAAAUUUGGGCUAGAAAACUUGAUAAAUAUAUCCGAGUCAAAAUCCAGGAGGGCUGUUGAAGAAGUCACGAAUUUGGUCAAAUAUAAUUUUGAUUUGAAACAUUCCAUACAUAAAGAUUGCUUCGACAUAGAAGAUAUUGCAAUGCGACUUUGGACAUCUUUUCAAUAUAAUGGACAUAUCCACAGAUCAAUUGAUAUUCCUAUUCAAAACAUGAAAUCAGACGGCCUUGCUCAACAUCCAACAAAAAUAUUUUUGAAACAUGUUUUGUGGGCAUUGCAAUACCAACAUGUCCACAAAUUUGAUAUUGGAAAUCAAAGACGCGAUAUUAUGUUAAACAGUUUUAGAAUAAUUCCCAAGGAACUAGUAGACUCUUUACAAGAAGUGUAUAAAUUUGAUUUCGAGUUGUUUGGAUAUGACAAAAAUAUUUUGAAAGAUGUAAUUUUUAACAAUAGUGCUAACAUAAAUGCCUAAACUUUUAAUUCGAUAAUUUGAUAAGAAUGCGUAGUACUACGAUUUUCCUUUUCAUCCUCCGCUGCGUUAGGGUGUCAUUUGAGCCAUCAAUAAGAUGUCAUCCAGAGUACUGCGUUCUUAUUAUGACAUUAUAAUUCGAUAUCAUGGAUACUGUUUUCGUACGUCAUACCGAAAGUAAAUGGACCCUGAUGCUGUACAGUGUAAUCAAAUAUAAACAACAGUAUG